UUUUAACAAGUCCAACUUUCGCCGUGCUAUUUAAUCUCCUCUUUAUUGAUUAUUGAAAGCACAUAAAAUAAACUAAAAUACCAUCUCAUUUCUAUCGUAGCCCAACUGUUGUGAUUCUCCCAUCAGUUUCCCUGCCCAAAAAUCUCAAAUAGUAUUUGUUCAAUUUGCCGAUACGUUUAGCAGUCAUGAAUCCCGAAUAUGACUAUCUUUUCAAGCUUUUGCUUAUUGGAGAUUCUGGAGUCGGCAAAUCAUGCCUCCUUCUCAGAUUUGCUGAUGAUUCAUACCUUGAAAGUUACAUUAGUACCAUUGGAGUGGACUUCAAAAUCCGCACAGUGGAGCAGGAUGGGAAAACCAUUAAACUUCAAAUUUGGGACACAGCUGGUCAAGAGCGUUUUAGGACAAUCACCAGCAGUUACUAUCGUGGGGCUCAUGGCAUAAUUGUUGUUUAUGAUGUGACUGAUCAAGAAAGCUUCAAUAAUGUCAAGCAAUGGUUGAAUGAAAUUGAUCGAUAUGCAAGUGAUAGUGUAAACAAGCUUCUUGUUGGAAAUAAGUGUGACCUCACAGCACAGAAGGUAGUUGCCACGGAGACGGCUCAGGCUUUCGCAGAUGAAAUUGGUAUUCCAUUCAUGGAAACAAGUGCAAAAAGUGCAACCAAUGUGGAGCAGGCUUUCAUGGCCAUGUCUGCUUCAAUCAAGAACAGAAUGGCGGCUAACCCUGCAGCAAACAAUGCUCGGCCUCCUACUGUGCAGAUCCGUGGACAACCAGUCAACCAAAAGAGUGGUUGCUGCUCAACUUGAAAGAAUGAAGCGAACUCAGCACGAUGAUGCUUCUAAUCUGGUGUGGCAUGUAAAACUAAUCGCAGUGGUUUGAAUGAUGUUUAGGUGCUACUUUUAUAUUUUAUUUCAGCCUUUUGCCAAAACCCCAUUCUUUGCAAUGUAUUUGAUUUUGUACAAAAACUAGAAAUAUUGGUGGAAUUAGUAGUGUUUGCUUUCAUUCCA